AUGAAAGACUCGAUCUACGUGGACGGAAAAUCGCUGCCGCGUAAGGCGCCGCCUAGGCUUUACUUCAUGGUUAAUAAACCCAAGGGGUAUAUCUGCUCCAACACUCCCCAGCAGGAAGUUUCCUCGUCACGUUCCUUUUCCCCUCAGUCGCCUAAACCCUCAGGUCGCGACAGAAGCAGCGGAGGGAAAACACGACCCGGCAGGGUUGAGGGUUCAGGGUUUAGCGAUGAUUCGAGCGACAGCAGCAGCAGCGGCAGCGGCGGCGGCGGCGGCGGCGGCGGCAGCGGCGGCGGUAUUGAGAAGACGGCGGUUAGCUUGGUGGAGGAUUAUUUGAAGGUUUGGGAGAAGAGAAAUCCAGGAGUCCCCAGGCCACGGCUAUUCACUGUGGGGAGGCUGGACGUGCAGACGACAGGGCUGCUGCUGGUUACCAACGACGGAAAUUUCGCGCAGCAGAUCGCACACCCCUCUGCUGGGCUUACUAAGGAGUACGUUCUCACAGUGCAGGGGCCAAUCACCAAGCGCCAGCUGGCAACCAUGGCAGCAGGGACGGACGUUGAUGGUGUACUCUGCACACCUGUAGCCCUCGACCUUGUAACAGAUAGUGACAGUAAAGGGGGCGGAGGAGGAAGUGGAGGAGUGAAGGGGAGGGAACGGGUGCGUGUGGUCGUGGCGGAGGGGAGGAACAGGGAGGUUCGGAGGCUUGCCGAAGCUGCUGGUUUGGAGGUGCUUGGGUUGAAGAGAGUUAGGAUUGGAUCUCUACGGUUGCCGAGAGACCUGGGAGUGGGGAAGUACAAGGCGCUAAGAUCGAUUGAUGUGGAAAGGCUACUCCAGGAGAAGAUGUGA